UUUUUCAGAUGCUGUUGAAUCAGUUUGCGGUCUCCCUCCAUCGUCGGAGCAAGAAAAAAAAAUGGCAUUGAGAGCUGCAGUGAGGAACAAGUGCGGCUUGUCAAGUCUUCUUCUUUCCCAGCGGAUCUCCUGCAGCAGUCAUGGCAGAGUGUGUGUGUCUCCUGUCCUCGUCACUCAGCGGAGGGACAACUCCACCUCGCCUAAAAUCAAAGUGGAUUUUGACCAAAGCACAGGUGUGGCAGUGAUGCACAUGCAGAGUCCGCCCGUCAACAACCUCAGUUUAGAUUUCCUCACAGAGUUCUGCAUCGGCGUAGAGAAGCUGGAGAUGGAUAAGAGCUGCCGAGGCCUCAUCAUCACCUCGAGCCAACCCAAGGUGUUCUCAGCUGGGCUGGACAUCAUGGAGAUGUACGGGAGUCCAGAGCGCUGCGGAGAGUUCUGGAGAGCAGUUCAGGAGAUGUGGCUGAAAGUCUAUAGCUCUAACAUGGUCACUAUAGCUGCAAUCAAUGGUUCCAGUCCUGCAGGUGGCUGUCUGAUGUCUAUCGCAUGUGACUACAGGAUAAUGGCGGACAACCCUCGUUACAGAAUCGGCCUUAAUGAGACGCAGCUCGGCAGCGUAGCACCUUUUUGGUUUAAGGACACCAUGAUGAACACAGUGGGCCACCGAACCACAGAGAUAGCUCUGGAGUUGGGGCUGCUCUACAACCCUUCAGAGGCCCUGAAGAUAGGACUGGUAGACCAGCUGGUACCUGAAGACCAGGUCCUCACCACAGCCACACAGACCAUGACCAAGUGGUUGGCUAUUCCAGACCACGCCAGACAGAUCACAAAGUCCAUGAUGAGGAAGCCAACCAUCGACAAGCUAAAAUCCAACAGAGAGGCAGACAUCCAGCACUUUGUCAGCUUCAUCACCAAAGACUCCAUUAAGAAGUCGCUCCGCAUGUAUCUGGAGAGUCUUAAAAAAGAAAAGCCUAGAGGAGAGAGUGAAACGUGUAGUAAGCAAUAGCUCACGACAAGCCGUGGUAUAUUGUUAUUCAUAAAUUUAUAUACCCCUGGCAGAAUUUAUGAAAUAUUGGCCAGUUUUGGGAAAAUAUGACUGAUCAUCCAGAUUUCUUUUAUUUAGGGAUAGUGGUCAGAUUAAGACAUUUAUUAUCACAUAAUUGUGUAUGCCCUUUUUAAAUCAUAAUGAUAACCGAAAUCACCCAAAUGGCCUGAUCAAAAGUUUACAUACCCUUGAAUGUUUGGCCUGAUAAUAUACACACAAGUUGACACACACAGGUCUAAAUGACUAUUAAGAGUAAGUUUCCACACCGGUGACUUGUUUGAUUGUUUAGUGUCUGUGUUUAUAGGUCCAGUGUGUAAGAUUUAGUGGCAUCUAGCGGUGAAAUUGCAGAUUGCAACCAACUGAAUACCACUCGCCUCACCCUUUCCUUGCAAGUGUGUAGGAGAACCUACGGUGGCCGCAAAAAACAUGAAAGGCCCUAUCUGGAGCCAGUGUUUGGUUUGUCCAUUCUGGGCUCCUGUAGAAAUAUGGCUGUGCAACAUGGCGGACUCCGGUGAAGGGGAUCCGCUCCCUUUGUAGAAAUAAAGGGCUUAUUCUAAGAUAAUGAAAACACAACAAUUCUUAUUUUCAGGUGAUUACAUUAAUAAAAACAUACUUAAAUAUUAUACUCCAUUUCUGCCAAUAGCUCCUCCUAAAUGUUACACACUGGACCUUUAAAUAGUCAAUGAGUUUCUUAGCUCUUGAGAGACCUUCUGCACAUUUCAUCCAGGGCUGCACUGAUUUUGCUGUAUACUGAUCCAUGGGGAAAGCAAAAUAACUGUCAAAGAACCUGUGAGAAAAGUUAGCUGAACUUUAUAAAUCAGGAAAAGGAUAUAAAAAGAUAUCCAAAGAUUUGAAAAUGCCAAUCAGCAGUGUUUAAACUCUGAUACUGUAAAGAAGUGGACAAUUAGGGGUUCUAUUGAUACCAAGACAAAAUAAAGAUUUCAGCCACAACUGCCAGGAAAAUUGGUCAGGAUGCAACGAAAAACCCACAAGCAACUUCAGCUGAAAUACAGGCUUCUUUGCAAAAAAAACUUUUGUGGCUGUUUCAAGAUGCCCAAUAAGGAGGUACUUGAACAAAAAUGGGUUGCACGAAAAAAGCAGUUACUGCAUAUUUUCUUUAUUGCUAUGUUUUGUUUAAUGAUUGUGCCACUCUGUGAUGCCUUAUAGUUUAAUUUGAAUUCCGUUAGAAAUUAAAUAAAUGUGUUUUACCUGGGUAUGCAAACUUUUGAACGGGGACCAUUUCAGUAUUUUCUUUAUUGCUAUGUUUUGUUUAAUGAUUGUGCUAUUCUGUGAUGCUUUAUAGUUUGAUUUGAAUGCCAUUAAAAAUAAAAGAAAUGUGUUUUGCCUGA